AUUAUUUCCUCUGAACAUACAAGUAGGACAAGAGGCAGGAUGUUUAUACUAGUCACAAAUUAGGCCUAGGAAGCCAGUAGCUGUUACAUCCAUGACUCUAUUUUUGUUGUAAAUACGGUGUGUUGACAUUUGCUAUGGCUGCCUUAAGAUGCAACAAUGAAUAAAAGACAAGAACUGAAAAGGAAAGGAAACAGAAGUGCAUUUUUUCUCUCAGAAGCAGAACAAGAAAACAUCAGUCGCAUAAUAGAGAAAAGACAAGAUCAAAAGAGGCUAAAGAAAUCGACAAGAGACUUGACAGACUCCAAGACGAGUCACAAAGAUUCAGAAAAUAACCCGCAACCAGAAAGGGGCGGUGUGGACAACAGUUCGACUAAAAAAGCAAUAAAAGAAAAUAAAGAUGUCCUUAAACUUGAUGAAACCGAUUUCUUUAGGCAAUAUAUGAUUCAAAAUUCCCCUUUGGAUACCGUAAAUUCUGUAGAGGAAUAUGCAACGUUAAAGAGCGACUCUAAGCUGCAGGAAGUGGCAAUCAAAGACAUAGCUGCUAAAACCCUGACAAAAAUUAAAAAUCUAGAAGAGAAAGUAUCAUUGCUUUCAACUCAAGUAGAUGAUCUGAAGCAUGCUUUGACAACUGUGAUAACAUCGGAACAGGAGAAAAACAAGAAGAUAAAAUAUCCUCCUGUGCCAUUUUUUAUACUCACAUUUCUGAUUACAUUAGGGAUAAUUGUUAUAAUGAUAAUCUGCAUUACUCGAUAAAAAUUAUACAAAUUGUUACAUUUUUUAUAGCAGAAUAUUGAGUUUAGCCCACAUUAUAGAUAUUCUAGAUGCAAGUGUAUGUACUAUGUCACUGUGAUUAAAAACAAUUUUAUUUCUUCACAA